UAGGCGUGAGAGAUUAGAACCAAACUAAAAUAAUUUUUAAAGCAAGGUUACAAAUGGCAUUGGAAUAAGAAACAACUGAGAUUGAGUAGCCACGAGAAGGUGUUGAAAAGUAGAUAUGUAGGGAAGAUUUAAUUGUAAUUUACAGACUCUUUUUUUAUUUGGUGCAGACGAAACAAAGUUUUUUUUCCUAUAAUUUUUUACAUCUAUAUUGUUUGUGUUCGAUCCUGUCGUUUUUUGAUCUUAUUUUAUUUAAUUGAAUCAUUCUGGCGUUUCAUUUUUACAAAAUAAGAUGGCAAUAUUGGAAGAAACUAUAUCUUUAAUAUCCCUCGUAAAUAUUUUUUUAAAACAUUGAAACUCAAAAGUAGUGUGAGCCAAAAUGUCAGCUGACAUUAGUUUGUUCGAUUUGGUGAACCUGUCGAUCGGGACACCUGAAGUUGGAGCUGUCAACUUCAAUGCGUUGCAUACCCUCCUCCACGCUAUCCUGGGACACCUGAAAAUUCAAAAUGUGACUACCGGCUGGAGAGAGGAGGAUGCUCCGCCACAGCAGCCCCAUGGGCCGCCUCUGACCAAGUCCUCUAGCCCGUACCAUCACAUGGAGGACAAACUGCGGCAGAUAGAGAGACAAAUGGCCGCGUUGGAGAAGCUUCCUAGCGGUACAGAUCUGCUGAGCCGCACUGCCUCAACCACAACACCGGUCAACGACAUGUGGCAGUUGAUGCAGCUCCGCCGCAAGGCUCAGGCGAGUGAGGACGGCGUGUCCAAGUCUAUGUCGCUGAUCCAGGAUCUGCUGAAGGAGAUCCAGGACCUGAAGGAGUCCAGAGACGACCUGAAGAAAGCGGUCAAGAGCCUCCAGAACCAACUCGACCAGCUGAACAUGAGUGAGCUGGUUGACAGAAUCAACAAAGUGGAGCAGUACUGCCACCGACUGGACAACCUGGACUCUGCCACCAAAGAGCUGCAGGACAGAGUUGGACGUUACCCAGACCCAGACGAGCUCAUCCAGUGUGUGACCUGGGACAUCUUGCAGACCACCUUGGUUAGCGAGCAACAGAAUCUGCAAAAGGAAAUCAGGGACUCAGUCCCUGUCGCUGGCCCCACUUCAGUGGUCAUGACCACCAUCACUCCUUUCAGCGCCUCUGCUAAUGCCAACACUGGAGCUGCUACCUUCACUCCUGGCACUGUCACUGCCAGCCAGCAUGGAGGGGCACUGCCCCAGCAGUCUCUCUCUGAUGGAGCUGCUGCCUUCACUCCUGGCACUGGCACUGGCACUGUCACUGGCAUCCAGCAUGGGGGGGUGCUUCCCCAGCAGUCCCUCUCUGAUGGAGCUCUGAUGGUGCGCAGUAAACCCCUGUCUCGUGUGGCCAGCGGGGCAGAGCGUUACCCAGAAACAGUGGAGGCCCUGAGGGACGUGGGCAGGCUCAGGGAGAGACACAACACCCUGGAGACCAGAGUAGAGCUGCUGGAAGCAGGCAAGGCCGACCAGGCCCAGCUCCAGCACCUCCGGGAGCUCCUCACUGACAUGGGUGACAGGGAUGUGCCCGACAACCUGAUGGAUCAACUGAAUCAUCUGAGUGUUCUGGUAGACAGCCUGGUGGGUGACAGAGCCAAGCUGGGAGAACUGGAGCAGCUGAUUCUGAACAUAGGGACAGUUCAGGACUCAGAGGGAGGCUCAGGAAUGGCCAAAGGGUCAGACAGUGAGGACUCCUCUAACUCUGCUCAGCAAGGACAGCUCAGACUGCAGAUAUUAUACCUCAGGAACGCAGUGCAGAAAGUGGAGGAGGAGGUGCUACUGCUGAAAACGGAGAACACCUCAGCCAAGGCUGAGCAGAAGACCAAGAAAGACAGACAGCUACAGAAUCAGAUGGACAACCUGCGAGGCAUGCUUGAGGACAUGAUGGCGUCCUCCUCCUCGCUGCUCUCCCAGAGCCUCCAGCAGGGGCCAGAGCAGGGCCAGGGCAGCGGUCAGGCAGGCGGGCAGCAGGGCUCCACAUGCCCCUCCUGCUCUGUAGACAUGAGCAGGAAGGUCAGCCAGCUGUUCCAGCGCUAUGAGAAUCUGCAGGGCCUGGUUAGCAGCUUUAUGAAUCAGCAGGGAGGAGGCGGACCUAGAGCAGAGAGCUCGGAGCUGAUGAAUGACGUUCAGGGAGCCAUCCUGCAGCUGCAGGCUGAGUGUGAGAAGCUCCACAGCACAGCCAACCACCUGAUUGAGGAGCAGAGCCAGAAACAGGUCCACAUCGACCAUCUGUACAAGUCCAUGGAAGAACUGGACGAGAAGAAAGCUGACAAAGAUCUUGUGGAGAUGGAGAUUGAAAUCAAAGCAGACAAGCGUGCCCUGGAGACCAAGGUGAGCCGCAUGCAGUUUGACUCCAUGACAGAGGAGCUCAACACCAUGUUCCAGGAGCUGCUCAGCAAGAUUACCGGCCAGGAGCAGGACUGGCACAAAAUCAUCGACAAAAUCUCCACCGAGAUGGAGUGCAAGCUGGACCGGAUUGAGCUGGAUCCUGUGAAGAAGCAGCUAGAGGACCGCUGGAAGAGCAUCCGUAAGCAGCUGCAGGCCCAGCCUGCCCCGAAGGAGGAUGACGCUGCAGGCAUCAGGAGACAACUUGUGGCAAGGUUCCACUGCAUCUCCUGCGACCGCCCGGUCGAUAUGCUUACCCCAGGACCGCACUUGGUCACCAUGCCCUCCACUCCUGGCCUACCCUCCCACAAGUCCAACCGACCGUACACCAUCUAUGAGCUUGAGCAGGUUCGCCAGCACUGCAGAAGCCUGAGGCCAGGGACCAACCACAGCCACUUUGAGAUGGCCAGCUCCGAAAGGGCCAUGAUGCAGGUGCAGAGGAUCCACACCAUGAUGUGUAGGCAGAUAGAGAGAGUGCAGAGCCACCUAGCUGGCCCAGAGCGAACCUACAGCCAGGGAGCCCUAAGGGAGAUCGGGCCCUCCCGCUAUCCACACAUCCUGAGCCCGCUGCAGAGGACCAGCCAGAGUCGGCCCAAGCACGAGCGCAUCCCAGAAAUGGCGGACUACAGUUACCUGGCCAUGUCCCGGAGCUGUGGAGGCAGCCACACCGUGACCUACCCUAACCGCCGCUACACCCGCCUGCAGCACAUCAGCCACUUCAUCCAGGCUGAGGAGGAGACACCGCCCAUCUCCAGAUCCACACUGCGUAUUCAGCCGGAGGAGGUGGACAUCUUGGGAUUGGACGGACACAUCUACAAGGGCCGCCUGAAAACCAGAUCGGUCAAGACUGUGGAUGCCAGACUACCCACCAUCUUUCCUAAAGACGGCAUGUGCAAGAGCAAAGACAAGGUCAUGCGCUCCCAGUUCCAGAAGUCUGGUUGCACAGAGCCGGCCUGUGUGACCCCUGUGCGUCCCCAGAGUGCCAAGACCCAGCGCAGCCGCUCAGCCUCAGGCAGCUCUGUGCGGGACCGGCCCAUGUCCUCUUUGGGCUGCCUGUCCCAGGCUACCCUUCCCCAGAGCUCGUCCCAUGCUGACACCACCAGCGAGCUGCAGCAGGAGCAGCAAGGUCUGGAGCUUCACGUAGACCUGAGCCAGUCGGAGGAAGAGCCCGUCACCACCCUGUAGGGGGCGAUGGAGAGCCCCUUACAUCCUUUUUCUACCUUAUUUUAAUAAACCGUUUACAGCAGCAGCAGGAGGGUAUCCUGGUCUCCAUUUUGUAGUGGAGCAUACAGACCUUGUGAAAAUCCAGUCUGAUAUUAGUCAGUUAGGUUAUUUAUGGAUUGGAAGAACACAAUUCUGGGACAAAUGAACACUGUUUCCAUGCAACAAAAUAGCUAUGAGUCUUCUGCAAUAAUAAAAACAUUUCUAAAGUGUAGCUUUACAGGUCAGAUACCUUAGGUGUGGCUACAUUACGAUUUUGGUUUAUGAUGCCUGAUUUUCAAUGACAUUCAUAGAGAAACUUUCAGACCGGUGACCUCAAAUACCAGACUUUGUUUGGAUGCAGAAGAAUACCGCCAUGGAGCAAUUCAUUUGACAUAUAGGGUCUAAUAGAGCGUAUCAUUAACGGCUUGAAAUGUCUUCCCUCUGACAAACCCUAUUUCUGUAACAUCUGAUUCAUUGUAUUAGUGUCUCAAGUUGUUCCAUCACAUGUUAAGAGGAAAGACAUUCAUGCGUGCUGUCAUUACCACAAAAAUGUAAUCCUGUCGUGGAGUUAUAACAAUGGUAUCCAGCCACCUGCAUCUAUUGGGGAAGCAAAGCAGCCAGGGUCGUAAAACCGGCCCAGAUGGCGUUCCCUUCAAAUGUCACCAUGCCUAUGUCCAGUUACAGGAGUCUCCUGGUGUCUGUGUGUUUUAAACAAGGGGGUUAGCUAUGUGUGCCUCACUCUGUGGCAUAGCGUAGUAUUUUUAACCAUGGCACAGCAUUGGUAUCAUAGCAUACUUUUAGCGUAGUGCCAUUUCAGCACUCUACUGCAGUUGUCUGGGCCGGGGUGUUGCAUGGGGGGAGGUACACAGUUCAAAAAGCCUGUGUGAAUGUAGGGCAGGAUAUGAAUUAAUAAACUUGAAAGGACAAACUGUACU